GAUUGGGCUACAAAUUCAACUCGCCAAGCCUUAGAGAACUCGGUGUCUUAUACAUAUUAUGCCUUGUAUGGUAUAAUAUUCUUCUACACAUUCUUCAUAUUGCCAUUAGCUUACUUUUCCUAUGAAGAACAAGAUGAAGACAAUAGACCUUCAAUUAGAGUAUUCACUACAGCUUUCUUGUACACUUUGGUAUUUCUUCUGGUGAUAGCUGGAUUGUUGAUUGCUGGUGUCUUUAUACCUUUCAAGUCUGCACCUCCUUCAAAUUCAACAGAGUGGGGGAAAAUGGAAUUUUUGAUUAAGGAAUUAUACAAAAGUAGAGGAAAAGAUGCUGUCUCAUUUGUUGUAAAUGUUAUCACAAUAUAUGGCAUGAUGAAUCUCAUAUUAUAUACUAGUGUGGGUUUAGCUUCAUUUCCUAUAAAUAUGAUUAAAGGAUUUCGUUCUUUAACUGAAGAGGAAGCACUUUUAUCUGAUACCCAAGCUACUACUCAAACUAAAAUAAAUGCACUUCGAAGCAAGCAAUCUAAAAGGCAGUUGACAUCUAGGGAAGUUGGUGAGUUAGCUGAUUUGGAAGAAGAAGUGAGCCUAAUUUCAAGACGGUCAUCAGUUCUAGAAAGUGAAAAAAGAAGAUUAUAUAACAAAUGUGGACCAUGCAUACGGAUUUUAAAUGGGUCAUUUGGGAUUAUUGGCCUUAUUUUCUCAUUGACGUUUUUUAUUUCACUGCUCAUAUGCAACAUUGAUAAGAUUGUAAACUCACUUGGUAUGAAGAUGGGCUAUAUUUUGAAAGAAAAUAUGAUGCCUAAUCCAUUAGAUUUUAUUAUGGUUCAAGCUCAGAAGAUCUUUCCUCUUGAUUAUGUUUUGUUCUUCCUUAUAAUUUUGUUUCUUGUGAUCUGCACUGUAUCUGGUAUGCGGUUUCUUGGCAUUUGUUGCUUUUGCAUUCCAAUGUAUAAAGUUAGGCCAGGACGAACGCCACCUCAAGGGUUGAUUAUGCUCGCUUUCAUUCUUAUGUUUGCUGUUCUAGCAUUCCACAUACUGUUAUACUUAGUUCUUCCUACUUACACUACUUUCGGCAGCCAGUAUUAUUGCAAACCUGGAAACUCAACAUGUGAUCUUAAACCUUGUACUCUUGAUGCUUCACCUGAUGAUUGUGUCAUGACCAGAGGAGCCUCUUUUGUUUUAAGUUUUGCAUACAAAGCUUGGAUCUUUGCUGCCGUUUAUUACUGGCUAUCCUGGGUAUUCUUAGGGACAUUUGUACUAAGUUUUGUUGUUGUACUGAUUCGUUCUCGGCGCUCAUCUCUUGAAGAGGCAGUGGAUAAAGAUGAUUUUGACGAUAGUGAUGAACCAAUGGUUCGAAUAUAAAAUCCGGAGGAAAUUUAGCUUUUUACAUUUUUUGUUGGCUUGAACAACUUUCUUUUUAGUUGAUAUAGAAAUGCUUAUUUAUUAAAGGAUUAAAAAGAUGAGUGUAAAUAAAUGUAUUUAUAGUA